GCCGAGCAGUCAGAUGCAUGCUUCUCUCUUUCUGUGUGUAUUGUAACGCGUGUGUGUCAAUAGGAGGUGGAUCUGGCGCACCGGGAGGCCGUUCCAGAUUCCGCGCGAGCAAUUGGCUGCUCGUGAACCUUGUUUGUCCGCGGUCACGCCUUGGUCACGCACGCCACGCGCUCGGGAUGUCUCGUGCUUAUCGGGAUCACCGGUGCGCUUGCGACCUCACGGAGUUUUAGCGAGAUCAUCCGCACACUCGGUGCGCACUCCGCACUGCGCAGCUCAGGUUAAGAACCAGAGAGAGAGAGAGAUUGACGGUAACCGGAGAGAUGGCGGAGCAGCGGAUGUCGCGCUGGUACUUCGGUGGGAUCGCGUCGUGCGGAGCCGCAUGCUGCACGCACCCGCUGGACCUGCUCAAGGUGCACCUGCAGACGCAGCAGGAGGUGAAGAUGAGGAUGGUUGGCCUGGCCAUGCACGUGGUGAAGAACGACGGUGUGCUGGCGCUCUAUAACGGCCUCAGCGCCUCGCUCUGCAGACAGAUGUCGUAUUCUCUCACCAGGUUUGCCAUCUAUGAGACGGUCAGAGAUGUGAUGGGCAGCGGCGGUCAGGGACCCAUGCCCUUCUACCAGAAAGUGCUGCUGGGAACGUUUGGAGGCUUCACCGGCGGCUUCAUCGGGACUCCAGCGGAUAUGGUCAACGUUCGGAUGCAGAACGAUAUGAAGCUUCCCGCCGAGCAGAGGAGAAACUAUAAACACGCGCUGGACGGACUCUUCCGGGUCUGGCGGGAAGAGGGAACCAGGAAGCUGUUUUCAGGAGCCUCUAUGGCGUCCAGCAGAGGAGCCCUGGUCACCGUCGGACAGCUGGCGUGUUAUGAUCAGGCCAAGCAGCUGGUGUUGGGCACAGGACUCAUGGGAGAUAAUAUACUCACACACUUCCUGUCCAGCUUCAUCGCUGGGGGUUGUGCGACGGUCCUCUGCCAGCCGCUGGAUGUAAUAAAGACCAGAUUGAUGAACUCUAAAGGAGAAUACAGAGGUGUGAUUCACUGCCUGACUGAAACUGCCAAACUGGGACCGCUAGCCUUCUACAAGGGUUUAGUUCCAGCCGGGAUCCGCUUGAUUCCUCACACGGUCCUGACCUUCGUCUUCCUGGAGCAACUGAAGAAAUACUUCGGCAUCAGGGUGGUCAGCUGAACUUUGACCUCUUGACCCCUUCCCUCUGGCCUCCUCUUGAAGCUGCUCUCACUUCCACAAUAUUAGUUCUGGAAAAUCUCACAUUACUCAAUCAUGACCAACUCCACAGUGCAGCCAGAUCAACAUCUCUGAACAGUCACUCUUUUUCUUUUAUUAAAUUGUUUUGUUCGGGUGAGUAAAAUCAUGACAGAAUUUCCAUUUUCACUGAACUGUUCCUUUAAGACACAAACAAAACAGUCCGUAUUGCUUUAAGAUUUUUAAACGUUGCUGCAUUCAGUCUGUAUGUAUUGUUAAACUUUUUUAAUGGUACAAAUUCUAUAUUUUUGACUCUUUGCUGGGUUCGAUUGACAGAAGGGUCAGGGGUCACAGAAAAGCUACAAGGGGACAGAAUUAAAACAAGUUUUACUUUUAUAACCAAAUUGUGGAGCAUCACAGAAGAAAAUAAAACAAGACACAGACUGAUGGGGACCCAGUAGUGUAUCCUCAAUGAGAACGACCAGCACUUCUGUACUUGGUGCUAUGCUUUCAGUUUUCAUUAUAUUUCCGUUCUUUUUGUAAUAUUUCUGCUGGAAAACUUACGAUCGGCACUGAUCUGCGACUGAAAUAUUGUCAGAUCUGCUGUAGUUUCUACAGAUGUGCAUGUAGUUGUUUUAGUGUUGAGGUAAUCAGGGCAUUUAAUGAGUUGCACAGAUUACUUGUAGUCAUUCUGUUUUGUGCUUAGGUGCUGAGAAUAUCUGGACUUAUCCUAAACUAAGCAUAUAAUAACACCGAAUUAGUGCAAAUGUAAUUUAAAUGUAUUAAUUUAGCCUAAGUUGUUAUAUUACCAUAUUGGUAGAUGCGUCAAAACAGACCCUUUUCUGUUGUUGUUGUUUUAACACGCUAAUAAUGACACUGAACACUGGAGAAGCCUGAUCUCUCGGUGUCCAGCAGAGGGCGCUGUGGUGCACUGAAGGCGCGCGCAUGCGUGAACGCGCAGAGCCGCUUGUGUGUAUCGUUUUUUCAAGACAGUAUUUCCGGGUACAAACAGUUUGUUUUCUAUCAAUUUAUUUGUAGCUUCUAGCUUAGGGGUUUAAAAUGGAGGUUUGAAAUGGUUGUUGCUUGAAGUGAGUGACAUUGAGCUGCUUUCAAUCUUGAUAAAAAAGAUGUGCAAACUAAGUAAGAUAUAAACUGGUUUAAACUGUCUUUUCAGAACGGUAUUUUGACUAAAAUGAAAAUGUAUGGAAAUAAAAGUACUAACACAAGAAAA